AUGUCAGACCCUGCGAACUACACCGUGGGCUGGAUCUGCGCCUUGCCCGUGGAAUACGUUGCCGCCCAAGAAUUCCUCGAUGAAGAACACGAAAAACCCCGCUCUGUGUCGUCAAAUGAUACCAACGACUAUACAUUAGGCAAGAUAGACGAGCACAAAGUCGUCAUCGCCGUCUUGCCUGAUGGUGAAUAUGGUACAGCUUCAGCGGCCAACGUAGCAACGAACAUGCUGAGCACCUUUCAUAACGUCAGGAUAGGCCUUAUGGUCGGCAUUGGUGGCGGCGUACCAAGUGAAAAGCACGACAUUCUGCGCCUCGUGGUUAGUGCGCCUCGUGGUGGUCAGGGCGGUGUUUUCCAGUACGACUUUGGUAAGUCAGUACAAGGCCAAAAAUUUCAUUAUACGCGAUUCUUGAACCAACCACCAACUAUAUUACGGACUGCUAUGACGGGAAUCCAAACACAAUACGAGAGGAAGGGACACCGGCUCGGAGAAGCUAUCGACAGUAUUCUCGACAGGAACAGAAGACUACGCCAGAAGUAUGAACGUCCGGAAUCUAUCACAGAUAGGCUCUUCCGGCCUACUUUUAUUCAUGAAACAGAUUGCGAUACUACAUUAUGUGUAAAUGAUACCGCAAACUUGGUCAUUCGACGCGAGCGGUCUAAAAAUGAGGAUAAUCCUGAAAUUCACUAUGGUACGGUUGCUUCUACAAACCAUUUAAUGAAGGAUACUUUAAUAAGAGAUAGACUAGCUGCUGAAAAAGAUGUUCUCUGUUUCGAAAUGGAAGCAGCCGGGCUGAUGAACACUUUCCCCUGUCUGGUUAUCCGGGGUAUCUGCGACUACUCAGACUCACAUAAGAACAAACAAUGGCAAGGAUAUACAGCGAUAGUGGCAGCUACAUACGCUAUAGACCUUCUAAAAAUGAUUCCUCUUAACAAAAUUGAGGCCAAGGAGAGGAUUAGUGUUAUUCUAUCUGAUCGAGCGUAUAAGCAAAGAGAGCGACACCAAGAUGAGCAGAAAAUAAUAGCUUUAACAAAGCAGCAAUAA